AUGUCUAAUAUAUCUCUCGAUAAAGAGACGUUUUAUCGUCGAAUGAAAAGGCUGUACGCGACUUGGAAGGGUGCAGCUGCUGAUUCUAAAAGCGACGAGGCAUUAGCCAAGGCUGACUGCUUGGUUUCUUGUGUUGGCAUAGAUGAAGACACGUUAUACAGUAAAUCAACAGCUUUGCAGACAUGGUUAUUUGGAUAUGAGUUACCAGAUACAAUAACAGUACUUACUGAAAAUAGUAUGUGUUUUUUGGCAAGCAAGAAAAAAAUUGAAUUCCUCCGUCAAAUUGAAAAUGGUAAAGAAGAAACAGAAUUACCCCCAGUUAAGCUUCUUAUUAGAGAUAGAAAUGAUAAGGAUAAGGAAAACUUCAAUAAACUCAUUCAAGAGAUCAAAAAGUCCAAAUCAGGAAAAACACUUGGUGUAUUUGCAAAAGACAACUAUCCCGGUGAAUUUUGUGAAAGUUGGAAAGCUGCUAUGAAGGCUGAGAAGUUUGAAAAUGUUGAUAUUAGCUCUUCAAUAGCAAUUCUUAUGGCGCCAAAAGAAGACUCUGAAAUUAUUACAGUUAAAAAAGCUUGUUUAGUCACAGUUGAUGUUUUCACAAAAUAUUUAAAGGAUCAAAUUAUGGAAAUUAUUGAUUCUGAUAAGAAAGUAAAACAUUCAAAGCUUGCUGAAGGUGUAGAAGCUGCCAUAUCUGAUAAGAAAUAUGUUACUGGUGUGGACACAAGUCAAGUAGAUAUGUGCUAUCCUCCCAUCAUACAAUCUGGAGGAAAUUACAGUCUUAAGUUCAGUGCAGUAUCUGAUAAAAAUCAUUUACAUUUUGGCGCUAUCGUAUGUUCUUUGGGCGCGCGCUAUAAAUCAUACUGCUCAAAUAUCGUCCGCACUUUACUCGUAAAUCCAACAGACGAAAUUCAGAGCAAUUAUAACUUUCUUAUAAAUUUAGAGGAAGAAGUAAUGAAACAUUUAGUUGCUGGUGCAAAACUUUCAGCAGUUUAUGAAGCUGGCUUGGAACUUGCGAAAAAAGAAAAACCUGAUUUAGUUGAUAAUCUUACAAAAUCUUUUGGUUUUGCAAUGGGUAUUGAAUUUCGUGAAAGCUCAAUCGUGAUUGGACCGAAAACUUCUGUAGUAGCUAAAAAAGGAAUGGUGUUUAACAUCAACAUUGGCUUAGCUAAUCUCACAAACAGUGCUGCUACAGAGAAGGAAGGAAAGACCUAUGCUCUGUUUAUUGGUGACACUGUAUUAGUAAAUGAAGAGCAACCAGCUUCAUUACUUACUCAAUCCAAAAAGAAGAUCAAAAAUAUCGGUAUCUUUUUAAAAGAUGAUGAUGAAGAAGAAGAGGAGGAAAAGGAAAAUAAGACUGAAAUACUCGAAAAUGGAGGUCGCGGCAAAAGGACUGCUGUUAUAGAAUCCAAACUUCGAACAGAGCAUUCUUCUGAAGAAAAACGUAAAGAACAUCAGAGAGAACUGGCUAUAGCUCUUAACGAAAAAGCUAAGGAGCGUCUUGCAAAACAAUCCAGUGGCAAAGACAGUGAGAAGAUAAGAAAGAGUACAGUUUCAUACAAAAGUGUCAGUCAAAUGCCAAGAGAAAAUGAAGUUAAAGAACUUAAAUUAUAUGUUGACCGUAAAUAUGAAACAGUCAUAUUGCCUAUAUUUGGCGUUCCUGUACCGUUCCAUAUCUCCACUAUUAAGAAUAUCUCACAGUCUGUAGAAGGUGACUACACGUAUCUUAGAAUAAAUUUCUUUCACCCUGGUGCAACAAUGGGCAGGAAUGAAGGUGGGAACUACUCGCAACCUGAUGCUACGUUUGUUAAAGAAGUCACAUAUCGCAGUACAAACACAAAAGAACCUGGCGAGAUAUCGCCUCCCUCUUCCAAUCUCAACACCGGUUUCCGUUUAAUAAAGGAAGUUCAAAAGAAGUUCAAAACAAGAGAAGCAGAAGAAAGAGAGAAGGAGGAUCUUGUUAAACAGGACACAUUAGUUCUCUCACAGAGCAAAGGCAACCCAAAACUGAAAGAUCUGUACAUAAGGCCCAAUAUUGUAACAAAGAGAAUGAGUGGUUCUUUAGAAGCACACACAAAUGGUUUUAGAUUUACGUCGGUUAGAGGAGAUAAAGUGGAUAUUUUGUAUAAUAAUAUUAAGAAUGCCUUCUUCCAGCCUUGUGAUGGAGAAAUGAUCAUUUUGUUGCAUUUCCAUUUGAAACAUGCUAUUAUGUUUGGUAAAAAGAAGCACGUGGAUGUGCAGUUCUACACAGAGGUGGGUGAAAUCACUACGGACCUGGGGAAGCACCAGCACAUGCACGACCGCGACGACCUGGCUGCCGAGCAGAGCGAGCGCGAGCUGCGGCAUAAGCUCAAAGUGGCCUUCAAGAGUUUCUGCGAGCGCGUCGAGAACAUGACCAAGCAGGAGGUCGAGUUUGAUACACCCUUCAGAGAGCUUGGUUUCCCUGGUGCACCAUUCCGUAGUACAGUUCUUCUUCAGCCAACUUCAGGUGCCCUCGUAAAUCUUACCGAGUGGCCGCCGUUUGUUAUUGCGCUAGAGGAUGUAGAGCUGGUGCAUUUUGAGCGAGUCCAGUUUCACCUUAAGAACUUCGACAUGGUGUUUGUGUUCAAAGAUUACGCAAAGAAGGUGGCCAUGGUUAAUGCUGUGCCUAUGAACAUGCUGGAUCAUGUGAAAGAGUGGCUUAACUCAUGUGAUAUUCGCUACUCUGAAGGUAUACAAUCUCUUAAUUGGACAAAAGUUAUGAAAACAAUCACCGACGACAUCGAAGGCUUUUUCGAUAAUGGUGGUUGGUCAUUUUUGGAUCCCGAAUCUGACGCUGAAGACGCGGCCCAGGAUGAAGAAUCUGAAGAAGAGGAUGAUGCUUAUGAACCGACAGAUGUUGAGUCUGAAGAGGAGUCAGAAGAUGAUUCUGAAUACGAUUCGGAAGCGUCUGAUGCGUCUGAAGGCUCUGGUGAUAGUGAAGAGGAAGAUGAAGAGUCCGGUAAAGACUGGUCUGAUCUUGAACGUGAAGCGGCCGAGGAGGACAAGAAAGAGCGCAACUACGACCGCGAAGACUUCGAUCGGAAAAGAAAAGGCGGUCGCGACCGACCGCGCUCAUUCGAUACCGACGCCGACGAGGGCCGCAGUAAGAAAAGCAAACACGACAAGAGCUCCAGCCACCAUAAGAGCUCAAGUCACAAAAGCUCCAGUUCUAACCACAAGAGUUCUAGCCAUAAAAGUCCUUCUAAACACAGUAGUAGCAGUCCCUCGAAGAACCGUGACAAGCACCACAAGUCAUCGCACAACGACAGAGACCACAAGUCAUCGCACAGCAAGUCUAAUGGAGACCAUAAGAAGCACCACUCCAGUGACAGCAAAUCUCACAAGCGUUCCCGGGACGACAGUCGAGAUCACGAUCGCAGUCCCAAAAAAGCUAAGAAAUAA